AUGCUGGACUUGAUCAUCAAGGGCGGUACAGUGGUUGCGCCGGAGGGCGCUGGCCUGAUGGACGUGGGCGUCCAGGGAGAGCAGAUUGCCGCGGUGGCCUCGCCCGGCGCCCUCGACGACGUGGGCGCCGCUGCAACCAUCGAUGCCACCGGCAUGAUCGUACUGCCGGGCGGCAUCGAACCCCACGCACAUAUCAACGUUCCCGUGCCCGACUACUGGGCCGGCGGUGACACCGGCAUCUACACCCAGCCGCCCGAGGCCGCCAGCCGCGCCGCGGCCUUCGGGGGCGUGACCACCUACGUGGACUUCGCCGGCGCACUGCCCCUGACACCUGGAGCGGUCCCGCCCUCCGACCCCAUCAUGGGCCAGGUCGAAGUCCGGCGCGACAUAUUCCGCGGCCACUCCUACAUCGACUACACUUUCCACUACAUCCUCGCCGGCGCGAUCCCGCCCGUAACCCUGGGCGAGAUAGGUGAGGCCAUCCAGUCGGGCGUCGCCAGCUUCAAGAUCUUCACCACCUUCCAUGCCAAGGUGCCCAUGGGCCACCUCUGGGAGAUCUUCCAGGAAGUCGGCAAGCAUGGCGGCAUCAUGGCCGUGCAUGCCGAGGAAGAUGACAUCGUCACCUACAUGGAGGAUAAGCUGGAGCGCGAGGGCCGGGACCACGGCUCCAACCUCCACCUGGCCCACAACAACAUCUCCGAAGACAUUUCCUUUCGCAAGGUGACGAGACUGGCCCAGAGCACCGAGACCGGCAUCUACUUCGUCCACACCACUGCCAAGGAAGGCGUCAACGCCAUCGCCGAGGCGCGGGCCAAGCAACAGCCCGUCUACGGGGAGGCCCUGCACAACUACCUGCAGUUCACCUGCGACGACUAUUUGGAGCAAGACGGCCUCGCCAUCCACACCUACCCUGCCAUCAAAUUCUCCGACGACCGCGAUGCCCUGCAGCAGGGGCUGGUCGAUGGCCCAAUAUGCACCACCGCCACCGACGAAUGGACCACCUACAAGAACGUCAAGCUCGCCGGUGACACUAUCCGCACCCUCUGCGGUGGACACAACGGCAUCGAGACCCGCAUGCCCGUUACCUACACCAAGCUUGUGGCCCCCGGCCGCAUCGGCUUGGAGCGUUUCGCCGCCAUCACCUCCACCAACGCCGCCAAGAUCCUCGGCAUAGGCAAGACCAUAGUCCGCGACGGCCAGCUCCUCGGCGACUCCAGCGACGGUCGCUGGCUCUCCCGCAAAGUAGCCCCCAGGGUGAUAACCCAGACGUCAGUGUAG